CUAAUGGGUUCUUUUUAAUUUUCAUUUCUUGUAUAUUUUCUUUUUUAUUUUUUUUAUUUGAAACUGUAUUUUUUUUCUUGUUAUUGGAAUACUAUUAAUUAAUAAAAUAACUUGAAAAUGGAAAUGGGUUCAUUUUGAAUUUUUGAAUUUGCAGUUUUUUUAUAUUUCCAAGAUUGCAUUUUUUUCUCUUUUUUUAUUUGUGGGAAAUCUAUACGGAAAUGUUGUUUUUAUUUAUGGUGUUUCAAGAACAUACCUUGGACUUUUUUGUAUGUGUUUUACAUUUUGUGGGGUUUUUGCUAUGGUGAUUUGUUCUUGUUGAGCUGCAUUAUCUUUCUAAGAUCUGAUAUUGUAUUCCCAAUUAUAUUUCCUCUAGGAUCUACUUGUUAUUUGGGGUAAUAUGCCUAUUUAAGAUGUAGCAUUGUCCUUUAUUUAGAUGUUUAGAAAUAAUUGAGGAGAAAAAUGAUGCAGGACUGAAAUGUGCAUGAAAUCAUGGUUUUCCCUGGAAAAAAGUGAGGAAAUUCUCAAAUGUUUCAUCAUUCAUGUCUUCCUAGGAACCUUUUCCAAUUUCCAUUACCACAACGACAUUAAGUUAUCAAAUAUAUGCAACUACAAAUGUUCAUUUGGGUCAUCGGAUUGAUUUCAGACUAGAUGCUUCAGGUUAGAACUAGAGAGUGGCAGAUCUAGCCUGUUAUCACUGAGGUCAGUUGACAUCACUUAAAUUCAAAAUAAAAUCAAAUGUUACAUGUAUACAUACCCUAGAUGAGUUGGUCAGUGUAAUGUUUUCGACAUAUGUGACUAGGGAUCAAACCCAAUAGGUUGUUUUUCACUUAAAUUGAUAUCACUCUUUUUUUUCUUUGGAUCCGCCACUGGAACCACACAUCACUGAAGUUCUCGUUUCAUAGAUUCCCAUCCUCACGGAAAACAUGAAACGGAAUUCCAGAAGUGCAUCCUGCAGUAGUAAGCCUGGUCGUAGUACAGGAAAAUUCACCUCUCGUUUUUGUAUGUACCCCAAAGUGAAAUCAGCGGAUAGCAGCCCAGGAUUUGCUCCGGUCUACCUAAAUGUCUAUGAUUUAACACCUGCUAAUGGCUACAUGUAUUGGGCAGGACUUGGUAUAUAUCACACUGGUAUUGAAGUCUAUGGUGCGGAAUAUGCGUUUGGAGCGCAUGACUUUCCUACAAGUGGUGUUUUCGAGAUUGAACCUCGACAAUGCCCUGGAUUCAAAUUCAGGAAAGCAAUAUUCAUGGGAUCAACAUCUCUUGAGCCUAGUGAAGUUAGAGAGUUCAUGGAGCAACAAUCUCGAAACUAUUUUGGCGACACCUAUCAUUUGAUACUCAAGAAUUGCAACCAUUUCUGCGAUGAUAUAUCUUACAAAUUAACAGGAAAGAAGAUCCCUAAAUGGGUUAAUCGCCUCGCGAGAAUAGGCUCACACUGUAACUGCAUACUUCCGGUAAGUCUCAAGGCAUCAACAGUCCCGGGCACCCAUAUUGAAAGUGAAAAGAAGCACCUACGAUUACGACCCUUCAGCUGCUUUUCGUCGUUCUCAAUGUCGCAGAAAGACGAAUCAAUCUCUUCCUUUUUCCUACAUUCACACUAUAGAGGAUGUUUACCUCCUUGGGAGUCAAGAAGGGCACGAUCUGGGUUUUUCGAAGAGGAUGACUAACAAGGAAAGAAAUCUUCGUUUUUCACCAACCAGUUCGAGAUUUUUAGAAGAGUUGGUGAAUAGUGUUAGUUGUGAUCAUUGUGCAUAGAUCCUAUAGGUGUGACCGAGCGAGUGUAUAGAUGUCGUCUCACCAUUUUGUUUCUGUUAGAAGUAGUUGGUUUGCUGUAAAAGAGGAGAUUUGAGGUUCCUUACAAAAGGGUGUCAAAGGGCUAUUUUUUUUAUGCAUAAAUCUGUACUUGUUUUGUUCUUGCAUGUCAAGGUCUAUGCUCUUUGUGUAAAGGGAAGAUUCAAGCGACUGAAACUUAUUGUUCUGGUUCGAAUAAUGUUGGGUAUGUCGGUUCGGACCUAAAAGUAACAUAUUUGCAGGUCAGGUGAUUAUCGAUUCAUAUUUGAAUUUUUGGAUCAUAUCACAUUUGAAUAA